ACAGGUGUAAGGAAACACUUUGAAAUGUUUCCACCCCUCCAGGGGUCAAACCCAGACCCUCCGUGUGUGAAAUGAGAGCUUUAGCCGCCACCAGGCAUUCGGGUGGUAUCUCUUUCUGGUGCUGCCUUUGUCUGUGAUUGUCCCUGAUUGUCUUGGAAUUUGGUAUUGAAGAUAUAUUUAACAAUGGAGUUAAGGAGGAAUAUGUAUCUUCUUGUGUUGGUGUCCUGGCAUCUGCAAGCUCUGAUGAAAUGUCACUGGUAAUGAAGUUUAAUAAAGACUUGCUUGUGGAAGUCUCGUUCUUCUUUGAGGAAUUCACUUCUGUAGAUACAAAGAGAAUGUAGAAAGAAGCUUAGAACCUCGUAUUUAGUCCUGAUGUCAUGUGAGUGGCACUGAAGCAGAUCUUGUUAAGUGAAUAUGGUGUCACACCAGGACUAAAUGUGGCAUUUUCAUUGGAUUCUAUAAGUAUUACAUUUUUUUUUUUUUUUUAUCACACUGGCCGAUUCCCACCAAGGCAGGGUGGCCCGAAAAAGAAAAACUUUCACCAUCAUUCACUCCAUCACUGUCUUGCUAGAAGGGUGCUUUACACUACAGUUUUUAAACUGCAACAUUAACACCCUUGAAGAAAAAGUUUAAUAAGAUAUUUCUUUCUUUCAUACAAAACACUGGCAGCAUCCCACCAAGGCAGGGUGGCCCAAAAGCAAAAACGAAAGCUUCUCCUUUAACAUUUUAUAAAUAUUACACACGACCCGUAUAGCGUAAUUAAAAAUCUUAAUGUUCUUGAAGAAAAAGUUUAAUAUUAUAGUUGGUAAAUAUUUUGUUUAUUUGUGCCAUUUGUUUCUUUCCAGGUGAUGCUGGCACUUGAGGCUGACACUUGUAGUACCAACAUUGCAGGUCAUCCAGAUACCAAAAAAUUGCACUUGUGCCAUUAUUCAGGUUAUCCUGGCACCAGAGGUUUUCAUAACUUGUUUGUGUACUCAGUUCAAAACACAUUCUUUGUGCCUCUGAUAAGUUAUCUUAGGUAAUUUAAAGUCAUUGUAGCAAUCACUUGACUUUAUAGAAAGCACCAAGACCAGUAGAGAGAAAGAAAUCAGAUUUUUGUGACCAGAAAAUAAUCAUAAAUAUGCUUUUGUAAUAUGCGUGAGAGGUAUUACAUCAACUUAUAUCAGUAUAUAUCGUUCUGAAGAUUGUUGUGAAAACUUUUGAAAUGGUAUUAGAGAAACCUUCUGUGAAGUGCUUUGCCACGACUGAGGACUUGAUCCAAGGAAUUUGAUAUUUUCUAAUUCCUUAAAUCAUCUCUUGUGUUUGCCAGACACUGGCCCUUAUGAAGUUAGUAAUUUCUGAUGUGUAUAAUAUCACGUACCAGUAUUCCAAAAAUAUUGGUUUUCAUUGUAAAUAGAUAUUUACAGAAAACAGUUUUGGCUAAGAUUAUAAUUCAUAUGGAAGAUUAUUUGAUCACUGUUCAAUAUGUCUAAAACACUCAAAAAUAAAUGUGUUCAAGAAACACAAAAUACAGUUCACUCAGAAGCUCUUCACUGCUCAGUAUGUCAAAAAGUCUUCCUCAGAAAAUCUGAUUUGAUGAGACAUAUAACAAAUCAUAUUAGAGAGAAACCAUAUCAGUGUUCAGAGUGUCCAAAUGCCUUUUUGAACAAGUCUGAUUUAAGGAAACACAUUCAGGUUCAUACUGGGGAGAAGCCACUUCAGUGUUCCGAAUGUCUGAAGGAUUUUGCAAACAAAUCUAAUUUAUUAAGGCACAGGAAAAUUCACACUAAAGAGAAACGUUAUCAGUGUUCAGACUGCCUAAAAACUUAUUCUGAAAAAUAUUUAUUAGUUAGUCACAUAAGAAUUCAUACUGGAGAGAAACCACAUCAGUGUUUGGAGUGCCUACGAAAAUUUACACACAAACGUGAUUUAACACAACACAUUAGGAUUCAUACUGGAGAGAAACCAUAUCAAUGUUCAGAGUGCCUAAAAGUGUUUUCACAAAAGCCUUAUUUAAUAAAUCACAUAAGGAUUCAUACUGGAGAGAAACCAUACCAGUGUUCAGUGUGUCUAAAAGGCUUUUCCAAUAAAUCUGAUUUAAGAAGACACAAAAGAAUUCAUACUGGAGAACAACCAUAUACGUGUUCAGAGUGUCUAGGAAAAUUUAAUAAAAAAUCAGAUUUAAUACGACACAUUACAGUUCAUACGGGAGAGAAACCAUAUCAGUGUUCGGAAUGCUUAAAAGGCUUUUCAGAUAACACUUACUUAAAAAGACACAUGAAAGUGCAUACUGAAGAACAACCAUAUAAGUGUUCAGAAUGUCCAAGAAAAUUUAAUAAACAAUCAGAUUUAAUACGACACAUUACAGUUCAUACGGGAGAGAAACCAUAUCAGUGUUCGGAAUGCUUAAAAGGCUUUUCAGAUAACACUUACUUAAAAAGACACAUGAAAGUGCAUAUUGGAGAACAACCAUAUAAGUGUUCAGAGUGUCUAAGAAAAUUUAAUAGAAAAUCAGAUUUAAUACGGCAUAUUGCAGGUCAUACUGAAGAGAAACCAUAUCAGUGUUCGGAAUGUUUAAAAGGCUUUUUACGUAAACAUAAUUUAGUAAAACACAUGGAACUUCAUACUGUUUAAGAGACUUUUCAGAUAAAACUUAUUUCCUGAAACUCCUGAUAAUUCAUACGAAUUGGAAGUUGUAUUGUAUAAUUUUUCAGAAGAGUUCUUACAAAAAAAAUCAGUCUUCUGCAACACAUCGGAAGUCAUGUGGGAGGGAAAUCUUGUCAAAAUACAGCAUGAUAAAAUACAGUGCUGAGUGUUAUCUAGUAAGAUGUAUGCAGAUGCUUGAGGAAAAGCUCUGUCAGUUUUCUAGAUGUAUUUAAAGAUUAUUUAUACAGUGUGAAUAUUCAUACACAGAAUAUUUAUACCAGGCUGUAUCAGUAUCAGUAUCAGUAUCAGUAUCAGUAUCAGUACCAGUAUCAGUAACUCAUGAAUUAUAUAAUGUAAAGGUAUCAGAUAGAUAUACAGUGGACCCCCGCAUAACGAUCACCUCCCAAUGCGACCAAUUAUGUAAGUGUAUUUAUGUAAGUGCGUUUGUACGUGUAUGUUUGGGGGUCUGAAAUGGACUAAUCUACUUCACAAUAUUCCCUAUGGGAACAAAUUCGGUCAGUACUGGCACCUGAACAUACUUCUGGAGAGAAAAAAUAUCGUUAACCGGGGGUCCACUGUACAUGUAUAGGAUAACUGGAUCACUGUCCACUAUGUCUGGAAUAUUUUUUCAGUUCGAGUAAUAAUAGUUUUAUAUAACUGUAAAUACAGUGGAACCUUGGUUUUUGUUUGCCCUAGUUUUCGAUUACUUUUUUCAUCAAAUAUUGUCCUAGUUUUUGUUCAUCACCUCAGUUUUCGUCUGCUGUACUGAAUGUGUUCAUCUGUCCGUGCCCACAUACGCAUUCUGAGCCAGUCUGACCUUGUUUCGUGAGAGUGAACAUUACUCUGUGGAUUCAUAUGAAACAGUUCGUAAUAAUCCAUUGGUUUUUGUGC